UUUGCAAUCAACAAUUGUUUGUCACACCUCUAGUUUUUUCAUUCGCAAUGGAAAAGACAAGGGAGUCAACAGAAUCGCUGCCCACUUGCAGGGCGCCCGGACUGCCCAUCUGUGAGCCGGAGGAUACACACAUCUCCGUAGUAGAGCAAGUGCCCUACAAAAAAAUUGAGCCACCAGUGCCGCCGAAGACCCUAUAUUGCGACAGUAUUGACAGACUCGAUGAGCUGGAGGAUGCGGAUGAUGAGGCAGAGGAGGGGGAGGAGGAGGAGGGGGAUGAGGCAAGUGGCGGCCAGUCAACAAAGUCCGAGGAGCUGGUGCUGCUCGAGCAGAUAGAAGCCGAGCUACUGGAGAAAAAGCAGGCUGUUGAUCGUAUCGGCGAGGAAAUGGCAUUGGACAUGCCGGAAUGUCCGUCGGAAGACUCCUGCGUAAACAUGGAGCUGGAGCUGCAGCGGGGCAAGGUCCAUCCCCACAUAUACAAGCUGCAGCAGGAAAAUCACCAGCUGCGCCAGCAGCUGAGCAAGGCGCAGCUCAGCUGCAAGGCCAUCGACCUGUCGCUGAAAUACCUGCGCAACAGUUUCUGCCGGGAUCUGAAGGCGGCAGCGAUCUUGCAGCGCCGUCUGGACGAGCUGAACUCGUUCAAGCUCAAUGUGGAGCACGAGCAGGCAUUGUGCAGGCAACGCUACCGUCACCUGGAGGAGUCCAAGUACGACUGGGUCGACUGCAAGGCCUACUUGAAAGAGAACGAUGCCCACACCCAGCGGCAGAUCAAAAAGUUCGUGAUGAGAGCCGAUUACACACAGCCCAAGAUCGACGCGGUCAAGCUGCUCACGAGGGCCAAGCGCAAGGCCAUGUAUGUGCACAACGCUCUGACCAGCAGAAUGGCCAAGUUUGGCCAGUGGAUCUGCACGGCCGCUGUCUCGCGCGAGUCGAAGAAUGCUUGCCGCUUCAACUCCGACAUAUCUCUGUUUAUACGCCGCAACGAGCACCUCCUUGUCAAAGAAAAGCAUUAA